AUGAUCCGGAAUUGGUCGAAUUUAGACGCAUCAAUCAGUCUAAAAUGUAAAUACAUUAAAGUGAGUGGUGGUGGUGGUGGUGGUGAUGUAAGCGAUCAGCGUUAUGGUUCAGUGCAAUGUGAUGCGGUUCCGCGUUAUGUCACUUUUUUAUUCCACAUUCAUGCAGUUGACCACUGGUUUCCGUCGGAACCUGCCUCAAAAUUUGAUGCAUCAAGCGUCAGACCAAAUGGUUUAAAGACAGGGAAUGAUCAACAAUUAGAAAUGUGCCAAGUCAAAAAUCGAUUGGCUCAUUAUUGA